UUUACUUUCAAAAACAAAGUGUCGUAGCGUGUGGCGGUUGUGGAAAAUCGCCAAAAAAGAGAGCACUUUCGGAUAUUUUCGCUGUCGCAAAUUUGGCCCCCGGUCCACCUCAGGUAGCAAGCGUAGCGUCGUCGGCUUGGUUGUUUCGUUCACCCCUUCCGGUUGCGGCAAAGUAUGUAAACAUUGCUGUUUACUGACUGUUCUCUGCCAUCCAUCUUCAUCUCGCUCUGCAAAAACACGCCGGGUCCGGCCCACGACGACCAGUCAAAGAUGUCUCGCUACCCGCACGACGCUAAGGUUUACGUUGGUGAGUUAGGUAAUAAUGCCAGCAAACAGGACAUCGAGGAAGCAUUCGGUUACUACGGACCGCUGCGGAACGUUUGGGUCGCUCGCAACCCUCCGGGCUUCGCCUUCGUCGAGUUCGAGGACGCCCGUGAUGCCGAGGAUGCGGUGCGCGGUCUAGACGGGCGCACGAUUUCCGGCCGCCGGGCCCGGGUGGAGCUGUCCACCGGUCGGGGCGGGCGCGGCGGUGGUCGUGGUGGACCUCCGCGCGGUGGCGGUAAAGGCGGUCGGUUCCAGUCGGACGACCGCUGCUACGAGUGCGGCGGAAGAGGCCACUUCGCUCGCGAUUGCGCACGUUCCGGACGCAGGGGACGCAAAAGAUCACGAAGCCCUCGCUCGCGAUCUCGGGAGCUGAGAACUCGUUCGCAUAGCUACAGCCGUUCCCGCAGCCGCUCCGUGGAACGCCGCUCGCGGUCGAAGACGACCCCCAAGCGAGGCGCGGCCAACAAUCGUUCGGUGAGCCGUGACGUAAGCAAAACGCCACGCCGUUCAUCCAGAAGCCCGUCGAGAAGCCGCUCGCGCACGGACAAGCGAUCGAUGUCCCGUUCUCAGUCUCGCUCGAUGAGCCGAUCGCGUUCUCGCCAUCGCAACGGAGACCACGAUUAAGCCGCGGUCGCACGGAAGGACAUUUUCUUUUAUUUUUGCCGGAUCUUCUUCGAAUGCUUACUACUCAAACGGGCCGCUCCGGUGGUGGACAACGACAAUGAUGGUUCACGCUCAUAUCCGGAUCGAAAUUCGACCGAAGAACCGCAUCAUACUUUAACAUCUAAUUCUAAUCGCCUUCGUCGGGCCAACAGCGGGGGGAAUACAGCGAGUGGUGCAGACCAAAAGCUUAUCCGAUACUCAACAAACGUAGCGAUGAUUUUUCUAAUCCGUUUUUAAGACCACCGAGUAAAACAGAACCAUGAGGAGAACGCGCUCCCAAAGGAUGAGAAUGUGAAGGAGAAAGCGGAGUAGGAGGCUAUAUGAUUGUCCUAAAAAAAAAAUCGUAUCCGACGAAGGCAUCUGCCCCACUACUACUAGUGAACGGGUCCUGAGGUGGCUACUAAGGCGAACAGAAUCGUCGCAAGUGCCGAAUCAGGACAACAUAACAAUAUUAUAACAGAACAUACAACAACAAGUAAAACAAUGACAGGAUUUAAUGCAAUUCUUUAGAUACGCGCGAGAGUUCGCUGUAGGUACCGCAAAUGCAAUUAUGGUUUGUAUUAGAUUUUCUCUUAGGAAUUUUGACACUGUAUUUCGUAGCAAGGACUACGUGGGUGCAUCGAUGAACUGAACAUACGUAGCAAACGAACGCACCGCCACUGGCGACAUUGCAGCGAGACAUGAAGGUGGAUGUCGGCUUACCAUCUUAGCAAAACAAAUUCCCAUUCUUUUAUUAUCUCUUACACUGAUAGCUCGAACGCAUGAAGUGAAUUUUCAACUGAUGUUCUUCGCGUAAUCAGACACAUUAAACACUCCCCGUUUACUUGAACAAUAUCAUGGUGUAUGAUUCUGUGUUUAUGAUUUGUAAUUACAUUUUAUACUUUUUUUGUCGUGGCGAUUAGAUAAGUGUUAAGCAAAGAGUGUAUGUGAAUAAAUUUAAAUCGAUACAGU